AUGUUAUACAGAUCAUGUUUGCUCCUUUCGAUUGCGCUGAUAGCAGCCCUCCCAAGCUCGGUUCUGGGCUCUGCAGUGGCUCCAGUACCUGCCACAACACCAGUGGCAGCAGCAUCCAGGGGCAAUCCAGUUGUAGCUGUGGUAGGCUAUGUGAAAGAUUCCGUUGUGAGGACAAUUGAUGGGUGUGGGAUGUUAUGGAAGAAUCACCAACGCUGCAAUCAGAUUCGAUCCAAACAACGAGAUCACCGCGACAAACUCCAAAAGAAGUGGGAAUUGGAAGGACGAAUGACUCGAGAAGAAGUCAAACAGAGACUCAAGUCCAUCAAUGGAGGAAUUUCCUAUGAUGAAUACGCGUUUUUGACCAAGGGAAAGGACGAUCGGGCCAAACUGAUGCAAAUUAUGUUCCUCAUGUGGGGAGCCCCCAGGUUUCUCCCCUACAUGCUCAUGUUUUCUCCCGAUAUGCUACCUUCCCCAUUUUCACCAAUGGCAGGCGAUGGCAAUGCCAGAGAAAGUGGACUGGAAAAGUUAUCCAGAGAACGAUCUCAUGCUGUCCUGCAGACAUUGCUCAAUAUGGAACGAGAAGCCAAAAAAGUACCCGCAUUGUCAAAACUAAAUAUAUUUGGGAAGAAAGCCCAGGAACAGCGAAUGGAUUCCAUGCAAAUGAUGGGAUUACUCACUGCCAAAAUCAUGUCAACACCAGGAGCCAAUGGAUCCAGUGGUGCACAGGUCUUUUUGAACAAUCUGAGUCAAUAUCUAUACAGAGAUAUUGAGUUUACUAGAGGAGAGCAACGCCUGAUAGAUGCUCCCAAGUCGAUUAUCAAGGGAGUUAUCCUGGCAGUCGAAGGUCCUAGUCCUGUCAACGGUUUUCUUCCACAUUUUAUGGCACGGGGAAAGGUUGUAGCUCAUUUGCAGAAGAUCGAAGAGGGAGAUUCCUUCUUGGUCCAGGAAGGAAUUGAUUUGGCAAGCUUGGACUCGACACAUCUAGCGGAAGCUUGCGGUCAACGGUUCAUUGGCGGACCCGAUCGAACGGAUGAGGAACUACGGGAAUCCCUGGAAGAAUGGUUGAAACUGGCAGUGACUCAACCAUCCGAAAAGUUACAAGAGAGCGGGCAACUCUUCUACAAUGCCAACCUGGCGAGACUCUCGUUGCUGUGCUAUCAUGCUAUGGACGGAACCAGGGAUAGUCGAUCUGCUUCGUAUUUGCCUCGCAUUCUGUUUCAGGGACAGAUACUGCAAACGCCUGGGCUGAUAGAAGGUACUCGUGGCGGAGGCGAAACUGCCAAGUCGAAAUGA